GGGGACUUUUGGCUUGUCACAUUGGCGGUGAAAAAAUUACGCAAACUUCACAACGGUGUUAUUAAGCAUAAUGAUUGAAAAUAUUCAAAAAUCAAAUGGCUGAUACGUUUUUUGGUUUUGAUACGUCGAUAAAUAACGGAGAUCAUUUGUUGCCGCCGGAUGACGACGACUGUGUCGAGAACGAGGAGGAGGAGUAUGACGCUCUUAACGAUGAGACCUUCGGGGGGCUCGAAGACAGCUCGGUCUUGGACGACUGGGAGCAGCAGCACGAGCAAUACGCCGAAAUUGCGGAGAGCACGAAGCACUCCGAACAGUUGGAGAACUCAAUUUCACGUUUGAUGCUCGAAGACAAUGGCCCCCUUAAUUUAUCGAAAAAUUCGGUCUGGGCGUACACCCCCCCUAACAAAAAUGGGGACAUGUUCAAUUCGUCGAUUCUGUCGUCCUUGCAGAAAGCAUCGAAGUCUUUUAUCGAGUCUCAUUCACGUGAGGCCCCCCUUCCCUCAAUCCCCCUUUCGCCCAUCCACCAAGUCCCCAAGCAAAUACGUACAGUUGAAGAAUUAGAAAAAAAUCUAAUCAAAAGUUCAAAACAACAGCCCCCUAUCAAGCCACAAGUCCCUUUCCCUCACCCACUUUUCCGACUACCGCCGGGGCUCCCCCCGAUUGGUAUACCGCCCCCUGUGAGACACAUGCUGCCCCACCAUCCCGUGCCCCCUGGCUUGGUUCACAUGAUCCCGCCGCAUUUUAUGCAAGGGGGACCGCCAAGACACUUGAUUUAUCCACAAGGCAAUGCACAAUUUCCGGUGAAUCACCCGUAUAAUUUUCCACCGCCGCCUAGAAACGUAAUGCCGCCAAAUGCAGCCGCCAAUCAUGUGCGCAUGCAAAGGACGAGGAACGAUAGUUAUAGAAGUAGGGAAAAUAAUGAAAAUAAGGACGAGUAUGCCGGCUUGAUGACAAGUAGGGAAAAACAGUGGCUUUUAAAUAUUCAAAUGUUGCAAUUAAACACCGGAACGCCGUAUUUCGACGACUAUUAUUACACGGUUUUUAAAGAGCGGAAAGCGAAGAAUAAUAAAGAGAAUUUUCCGAAUAGGUAUCAGAAUAAUAGGCAGAGAAAUAACGAGAGACAGGAUAACAACAAUACCUUGACCCCGAGGGUUUAUACACCGUUGCAGUUUGAAAAUUCCUUAGGGAAAUUACAGUGUGGGUCGGUCACUGCCCCUCGAAAAAUCAUCGACAUGGACAUAGUAACCCCCGACAAGGACUCCGACAGCCCCGUCGUGGUCCGAGACACGCGUAAAACCAAGCAACUCCUCCUUGAACUCGAAGCUCUCUUCACGCUCCUCCUCAAAGCCGAAGACCUACGUAACCCUCUCGCAAUCAGCAACAUGGAAAAACUGCACGAAAUCAAACAAAAACAACGUUUACGUGAGCUAGAUUUAGCCCCAACACCCGAACAAAAACAAGAAGUUUUGAAACUUUUAAAGCAAGACAGCGAACCAGUUGUCGAAAAUCCGCACGAUUAUAUCGUGAAAAUCGUCAACGGUUUGCUGCAGGAAGACAAAUUUGCCAGUUUUUUGAACAUAAGAAAAGGGAAAAUGUUGCUGUUGAGGCUUUUGCCACAUUUGACUAUGGACGGUUUUUCCGCCCAGUUGUUGGAGAUUUGGACGCGGAUUUUGUUGAGUAUUGCCAUUGUUGGGAGGAGAGAUACGGCAGGCGAUCACAUUUUGCCCAAGUUGCAUCCGUUUUUCAAGAGGUACAUACAGACUAGUACGAUGGGUGAUAUCUUGGAAAUUGUGACGGGAUUGGUUGAGGUCAUCAGGCAGGAGAACAGCAGAAGCACGCCGUUGAGUCACCAAGGCAAAGCGCCGCUUUAUUUCGUCCUCUUGAAUAAAUUUGGUGUCUCUGCACUGGUGACGAUGUUGAUACGAACCGAAUACCUGAUUUCGUCCGAGACAGCGAGCGAGAAACAACAGAACGACUGGUCCAAUUUUCUAGUGAGCUGGGCCGACCUGACAGGAGUGGUCAGUAAAGUGGCGACACCUAUCGAGCCCGUUCCGAUUCAGAUUUUCACCAAGCAUUGCAACCGCUUCGAGAAUCUAACACCCGAUAAGAAAAUGCAGUUGGAGAAGCACUUUGUCGACUCCAACUGAUCAAUCUACUAAUCCAUAUAUUUUUACUUUUUAUGUUUUUAGAUAGGCGUCAAGAACUGUAAAAAAGGUGUACAACUUAUUUUAUUGUUUUUAUAUAUGAAAGAGAGAAGUUAGAUGUUGAAAUUUGUUAUUUGUAACAACUCUUGAUUGUUGGUUGUAGCUUUUUAAUUAUGUGUAAUUCAAUUAAUUAUUUUUGUAUAUUAAAUUAGUAAUUUAUUGGAUUUGUUAUGGAAAUUGCACGACUCGCAUCCACCGCUUUGAUUUUAUUGUGACGUAUCCGAAAUUCGUUAUCGUGAGUUUGCCAAUUGAGCGGCCGAUGCUGGUUCAUUAAUUGGGCUAAUGCAAAAUAUUUGUUUUCAAUUGCAUUAGUUGGAAUUAACUUUAGACAAUUAAGUAAAUUUAACAGAACCGUUUAUUUUCCAGAUAUCUAAAUAUGUUUGAAAGAUAUCAUGCUUUUUCAAUAGAUAGUGAAUGUCAAACGGAUAUAUGUUAAUAAAAAGUUUGACCCAA